AUGUUCAUAAACUAAAGACGAUCUGUUAGUCUCGAAUCCAAGAAGCAUCUUACAAAUUCAACCUUUCGAACUACUUAGCUCUCAACUCCUAAAUAAGAUUUAAAUAUCUAUAAACCAUUUUCUCCAUCAAAAGAAGCUAAACUCUAAUUAUUUAGAAAAAUUUUUAAUGUGAAAAAACCAAAAACAAGCACUGUUAUGAAUUUUUAUGAUAUUGAUACGGUUAAACCAGUGGUAUGUUAAUCAGCAUAAUUGGAUAAAUAUGACUUUCCUAAUUGGUUAAAAGGAAGAACAGAUUUCAUUAAGCUUAGAAAAUCUAAAUAUUUCGAUUAUCAUUUGAAAGUCUUUUCAAUCUGUGAAUAAGAGUAUAAAUUCAUAAUAUAUAAAGUCCUUUCAAGAGAUCGGACGAACUUAAAGAAAUUGUUGCAAAUUAUUUAGUGAAGUUAGAUUUUUUUCGAUUAAUGCCAAUGCAAAUGUUGAAACAGAUAUCUGGAAGAUUAUUUGCAAAAUCUUAUGAGGAAAAUGAAAUAAUUUGUAAUAAAGGUGAUAAAGGAGAUUGCAUGUAUGUAAUAUUUGAGGGAAUUAUUGAAGUUGUUGGGAAAAAUAAAAAACUAGGANCUCAAUUUUAAAAAAUAAAUUUUUGA